AUGAUGAAUGCUCUUAUAUGGAAUAUUAGGUCUGUUAAUACCAUGGAAGCUUUUACAAGGUUGAUAAAACUGAAUCAAAGAUACCAUUUUGGUUUUAUAGGAUUAAUGGAACCUUUUCAAGAUUCAGACAAGAUAGAGGAAUAUAGAAGAAGACUUGGAAUGGAGCAUGCAAUAGCUAAUAUAUCUGGUAAGAUUUGGGCUUUUGUGGAAGACAUUUUUGACUAUUACAUAAUGGUGGAUCAUCAGCAGCAUUUAACCAUUAAAUUAAGGGUUAGAGGAAGUCAGGAGGAUAUGCUAGUGUCACUAUUGUAUGCAAAGUGUACUCAAGCUGAAAGAUUGGAGUUGUGGGACUCUCUGAAGGAUUUAUCUACCUCAGUUGAUAUUCCUUGGAUGAUUGGGGGUGAUUUUAAUGCAAUAACUUCAGAGCAUGAGAAUUUUGGUGGUCUUCCAGUAACCAUCAAUGAAAUUCAGGAUUUCAGAAGUUGCAUCCACAACUGUGGAAUAUCAGAUUUGGGAUUUAGUGGCAGUAAAUUUACUUGGUGGAAUGGCCAAAGUGGUGAUGAUUGUAUUUUUGAGAGAUUGGAUAGAUGUAUGGGUAAUCAGCUACUACAAGCAAAGUAUUCUAGUGUAGGUAUCAAACAUUUGAUCAGGAGUGGGUCAGAUCAUGCUCCUAUGUUAAUUUCCUACACAGGAGACAAUAGAAGCAUCAAAAAACCUUUUAAGUUUUUGAACUUUUGGGUAAAGCAGGAAGGUUUUAUAGAGUUGAUUAAACAAAAUUGGACAGCUGAUUUUCUGGCAAAUCCUUUCAUACUUUUUCAUCAUAAACUGCAAAAGGUGAAAGCAGCUUUAUCACAAUGGAGUAAAGCAACUUUUGGGAAUAUAUUUCAAGAAAUUGAAGCUCUUGAAGAGAUCAUUAAGGCAGAAUUAAACAGAUAUUUACAUCUAGAGGAAGAAUUUUGGAAACAGAAAGCUGGGGUGCAGUGGUUUCAGGAUGGGGAUAGAAAUACAAAAAAAAUUCAUGCCUAUGUUCAGGGGAGAAGGAAAAGGAUGCAAAUAAGAAGAAUCCAAAGAGAAGAUGGAAACUGGAUAGAAGAAGAAGGGGGAAUCAUUGUUGAAGCCAUAAGAUUCUACACUGCUCAGUUUACAAAGGAAGAAGAUCCAAAAGAUUUUGAAAUUCUAAAUCAUUUGCCCAGAAUGGUUUUUGAGGAAGAUAAUUUGUGGUUUGAAGCAGAACCAACUAAAGAAGAGGUGAAGGCAGUGGUUUUUCAACUAAAUGGUGAAAGUGCAGGAGGAUCGGAUGGUUUUACUGGUGUAUUUUAUCAAGCUUGCUGGGAAAUCAUUGGAGAGGAUGUUACCAAUAUGGUGAAGGCUUUCUUUUGUGGAGUUGAACUUCCCAAGUUUGUUACUCAUACUAAUUUGGUCUUAUUACCAAAGAAAGAGAUGGUUAACACCUUCUCUGAUAUGCGACCAAUUAGUUUGAGCAACUUUGUGAACAAAAUCUUUUCUAGACUGAUUCAUGAGAGAUUGGUUUCCAAACUAUCUGAUAUUAUAUCACUCAAUCAAUCUGGGUUUGUUAAAGAUAGAAGUAUUGUGGAGAAUAUACUGUUGACUCAAGAAAUUGUUUCUGAUAUAAGGCUGAGGACAAAAGAUGCAAAUGUUAUAAUUAAGCUGGAUAUGGAAAAGGCCUAUGACAGGGUAUCUUGGUUGUUCUUAACUAAGGUACUUAGGCAGAUGGGAUUCUCAGAGAAGAUGAUAGACAUGGUCUAUAGGAUUGUUAACAAUAACUGGUACUCUGUGUUGGUAAAUGGGCAGCAACAAGGUUUCUUUCAAUCUACCAGAGGAGUAAAGAAAGGGGACCCUCUUUCCCCUACUUUAUUUAUCCUAGCAGGUGAGGUUUUAACUAGGAGUUUGAAUGCACUUCAUCAGAAUAUUCAAUUUAAGGGUUUUGGCAUGCCUAAAUGGAGUCCAAAAGUAAAUCAUCUUGCCUAUGCUGAUGACAUGAUCAUCUUUACUUCAGCAGAUGUGGUAUCUUUGCAAAAGAUAAUGGGGAUUUUGAAGAAUUAUGAGCAGACUUCUGGUCAAAAGAUUAAUAUGGACAAAAGUGUUGUUUGUAUGCAUAAUAAUGUCCCAGGGGACAUUAGUAUAACAGUUGAGAUUGUAACUGGCAUUAAUAGAAAAGAAUUUCCUUUUAUGUAUUUGGGCUGCCCUAUUUAUCAUUGUAGGAGGAAGAAGGAAUUCUUUAAUUCUUUGAUCCUUAAAAUCAUGAAUAGAUUACAAGGAUGGAAGGGUAAAAUGUUAUCUUUUGGAGGAAGGGCAAUUUUUAUUAAACAUGUGCUUCAAAGCAUGCCAAUACACAUGUUAUCAGCUUUUAACCCUCCUAGUGGGAUCAUCAGGCAAAUUCACAAGAUGUUUGCUCAGUUUUUUUGGAGCAAUACUAUUGGGUGUAAGAGCAGACAUUGGGUGGCUUGGAAUAAUUUGUGUGUUCCAACUACAGAGGGGAGCCUAGGUUUUAGAUCAUUUCAUGAUGUGUCUUUGGCACUUUUUUGUAAACUCUGGUGGAAUUUCAGGACAAAAACUACCUUGUGGAGUGCUUAUAUGACCAACAAAUAUUGUAGGAAAGAUCAUGCUAUAGUGGUACAAUGGAAACAGGGGUCACAGACCUGGAAAAGAAUGUUAGAAGCCAGGGACUUAAUAGAACAUCAAAUUUGGUGGCAAGUUAGGAAAGGGGAUUCACAGUUCUGGUUUGACAAUUGGAUUGGAUUGGGAGCUUUAUACUAUGUAAAUCCAGGGAAUACUUAUGAUGAGAGAAUUCAGAAUGUCAAAGAAAUGGUAGUACAGGGGAGGUGGAAUAGAGGAAAAUUGAUGGAAGUACUCUUUGAAGACAUUGUUGAUCAUAUAAUGGAGAAUAUAACUCCACCCAGGGAAGAAAGAGAGUUUGAUAGACCAUGGUGGAUACUAGACACAAGUGGGGAAUUUACAAUUAAAUCAACUUGGGAUUUUAUUAGGUUAAGGGGACCACAACUGGACAGUUACAGGUUCAUGUGGAUAAAGGGGUUGCCUUUUGAAAUUUCUUUUUUUCUGUGGAGAUGCUGGAAAUACAAAAUCCCUACAGAUGAUGUGUUAAAGAAGAUGAAUAUCAAUUUGGUGUCUAAGUGUUGGUGUUGUAUAAGUCCUAGGGAGGAGACUAUGCACCAUUUGUUUCUAACAUCAGAUACAUCUAAAAGGACAUGGUCCUUUUUCUGCAAUGCUGCAGGAAUAAGUAUGGAAGGAAUGCAACUGCAACAAUUAAUUGUGAACUGGUGGAAGGCACCAGUAACUAACAGAUUGAAACAAAUAUAUGCUGCAGUGCCAUCAAUUAUAAUGUGGGAACUUUGGAAGAGAAGAAAUGGUAUUAAACAUGGGCAUCGGAAGGUUAAUAGUUCAGUUAUCUAUCUAGUCUUAAUCUCUAUUCAAAGACUACUAUUAUGCAGGAAUCCCUCUAUUAGAAAUAUUCCUGCUGGAUGGAAGGAUCUGAUUCAAAUGUUGGAGGGAGGCAAGGCAAGAGUGAAGGUAACACAAGUUAGAUGGAAUUUACCUCCACUUGGGUGGUGUGCUUGCAACACAGAUGGUGCUUCUAGAGGUAACCCAGAGAGGAGUGCCUAUGAUUUUUGUUUGAGAGAUGCUGAAGGGAAUUUAAUAUAUGCACAAACUGAGGAAAUUGGUUAUGCCACAAAUGUAGAAGCAGAAAUUGUGGCUCUUUUGGAAGCCUUGAAGUACUGUUGGGUGGAAGAGGUGGAGGAAUAUAAGAGGGAUUUGGAUGUCAUAUUCAAUCAUACCCUAAGGGAAGCAAAUAAGUUGGCUGAUGCUUUAGCCAACUUUGCCUUAGAUGAAGGUCCUUUACAGUACUACUUGUUUGAGGAGUUGAAUUUGCAGAUGAGAAGGAUCUUAAAUAGUGAUAAGAGUUUAUGUUACAGGACUAAACAAUACAGAGGAAGUGGAAACUGUUGUGUACUACAUCUUAGCAACAACAAGUCAGUUACUGGACAUCAAUACAAACACAAAAGGUACACCAAUGACAGGGAACAAAUAGAGAUGGUGUGGGUCUACUUUGUGGUAUUAGUACCAAAUGGUACUCAAUCAAAGGGAUGCACACUACAUCUAUUUGUAUCAAUGUCAAGGGAAGGCAUAUCAUGCAAUGAGAUCCACAGGCCACAACAAUCAGAAAAGUCACAAUACAGGACAAACACAUAUAUACAAGGCAAAGCUAGUGUCAUUCAGAUACAGCAGGUUCAACGGAGGGGGAGAGUACACAAUCAAAUUCUAAGUCAUGACCUAUACCAAAUAGAUUUGAUGGAUGCCUUAUUUGUGGUAUUAGCAUCUUAUGAUGCUCAGUCAAGUGGGCAGAAAUUAAAUCUAUACAAGUAUAAGCCAUGGCUAGAAGGAGAUUUACAACAGAUUCAAAUACAUAGGACAAAUCAAGUAGGGAACCAAAUAGAUUCUACAAAGCUUACAGGUGAGAUGAAGUUCAGAUCCAGCAGCUAG